GGGAGAUAGUUUUGUGAAAGACAGAAGCGGACAUAUCUUGAAACACAUGGCAGCGAUUUCUCCAUGGUUUUCUUCUCCGCUGAGCUUUUCGAAUCCCCGCGUUUCAUCUCGCUACAUUAAGACCAUUACAGAUUCCAGAAGAUGUACAUCAGUUUCUGCGGCAAUCUCUGUUCUAGACGGCACCAACGAGGAACAACAACGGAUUUCGUCUAGAGAUCAUGUUGGGAUGAAAAGAAGAGAAGUCAUGUUACAGAUAGCUUCCUCUGCUUUCUUCCUUCCUUUGGCCAUUUCACCAGCAUUUGCUGAGACAAAUGUAGCAGAAACUUUCCGUGUCUACACUGAUGAAGUGAACAAAUACGAGAUAUCGAUCCCACAAGAUUGGCAAGUCGGGCAAGCAGAACCUAAUGGAUUCAAGUCAAUCACAGCUUUUUACCCUCAAGAAACUUCAACUGCUGCCAAUGUGAGCAUAGCGAUCACUGGACUUGGUCCGGACUUCACCAGGAUGGAAUCUUUUGGAAAGGUCGAAGCUUUCGCCGAAACACUGGUCAGUGGAUUGGAUAGAAGCUGGCAAAAGCCAGCAGGAGUGACUGCAAAACUAAUCGAUAGCAGAGCUUCCAAGGGAUUCUAUUACAUCGAGUACACCUUACAAAACCCUGGAGAAGCACGCAAGCAUUUGUAUUCUGCAAUUGGAAUGGCAACGAACGGUUGGUACAACCGUUUAUACACUGUCACAGGACAGUUUACAGAUGAUGAAUCUGCUGAACAAAGCUCCAAGAUCCAGAAGACAGUCAAGUCUUUCAAAUUCAUAUGAGAGUGUCACUCAUAUCUCUAUCAGCGAACCAAAUUAUAGAAUUGAUCAAACAAUUUGUUUACUGAACAAUCACUUUUUUCAAUUAAAUUCUGAGAAAGGAGCUGACUCCAUACUUUGAAGUAAGCUUCGGAUAACAGUUCAGACAUGGAGAAGAGAGAACCCUACAUAUGCACAGUAACAGACAAGGACAUGAACAUGGUUUACUUACAAUGCAGAACUUGGGGACAAAGGCUAUAUACCUAUAAAUGUUACUCACUACACUCCUCCACCUGAAGUAAGUGUAGUGGUAUUACGACUUUUGGACUAGAAAAGAAUCAGAUUUUGAUUCUACCAUGUAUAUGCUUGUGUAUGUGUGUGUAUAUAUGCAUAUUGUACACCAACUUAUUA